UUGUCUGUGUGAGUUUGGGUUUGUUCAGUUCUCUCUUUGUUCUCAAAAAUCGGAAUCGAUGGCGGAGAAUAAACAAGAAAAAGAACAACCGACGAAGCUAAAACCAUCCACCGGAGUUUCACGGCCAACGAUUUCACUCCCUCCUCGUCCGUUUGGUGAAAUGUUUUUUAGCGGUGGCGUUGGGUUUAGUCCUGGUCCUAUGACUCUCGUCUCUAACUUGUUCUCUGAUCCUGAUGAGUUCAAGUCUUUCUCUCACCUUUUAGCUGGAGCUAUGGCUUCUCCUGCUGCUGCUGCUGUUGCUGUCGUUGCGACAGCUCAUCAUCAGACACCUGUGAGUUCUGUCGGUGACGGCGGUGGAAGCGGUGGUGAUGUUGUUGACCCGAGGUUUAAACAGAACAGACCAACGGGGUUGAUGAUUACUCAACCUCCGGGGAUGUUUACUGUUCCACCGGGGUUAAGUCCGGCGACUCUUUUGGAUUCUCCGAGCUUCUUUGGUCUUUUUUCACCUCUUCAGGGAGCAUUUGGUAUGACACACCAACAAGCUUUAGCACAAGUCACUGCUCAAGCAGUUCAAGGAAAUAAUGUUCAUUUUCAGCAAUCAGAAUCUGAAUAUCCUUCCUCUAUACAACAAGAACAACAACAACAACCACAGACUUCAUUGACUGAGAAUCAGUCAUUUUCUACUGGACAUCGAUCCCAGGUUCCUGCGCCGGUUCAAGAUUCGUCGCAGGGUCAGAGAGAAACUUCGGAUAUAUCUGUCUCUGAGCAUCGGUCACAGCCUCAAAAUGCUGACAAACCAGCUGAUGAUGGGUAUAACUGGCGGAAAUACGGUCAGAAGCAAGUGAAAGGGAGCGAUUUCCCUCGGAGUUAUUACAAAUGUACGCAUACAGCUUGUCCUGUGAAGAAGAAGGUUGAGAGGUCUCUCGAUGGACAAGUAACAGAAAUCAUCUACAAGGGCCAGCACAAUCAUGAACUUCCUCAAAAGCGUGGAAAUAAUAAUGGGAGUUCUAAAAAUUCGGAUACUGCAACUCAGUUUCAAACCAGUAAUAGCAAUCUCAGCAAGACUAAAAGGGACCAGGAAACAAGCCAAGUUACAACAACAGAGCAGAUGUCUGAAGCAAGUGAUAGCGAGGAGGUUGGUAAUGCAGAGACUAGUGUGGGAGAAAAACACGAGGACGAGCCUGAUGCCAAGCGAAGAAAUACAGAAGUUCGGGUUACAGAACCAGUUGUUGCUUCAUCGCAUAAAACCGUGACAGAGCCUCGAAUUAUUGUCCAAACGAGGAGUGAAGUUGAUCUCCUAGAUGAUGGAUAUAGGUGGCGCAAGUAUGGACAGAAAGUAGUCAAAGGAAAUCCUUAUCCAAGGAGCUACUAUAAGUGUACAACACCGGCUUGUGGAGUAAGGAAACAUGUAGAGAGAGCAGCAAAUGACCCGAAAGCUGUUGUAACAACCUAUGAAGGGAAACAUAACCACGACGUUCCAGCUGCUAGAACUAGCAGUCAUCAGUUAAGACCAAACAAUCAACACAACACCUCAACUGGAAACUUUAAUCAACAACAGCCUGUUGCACGUUUAAGGCUUAAAGAAGAGCAAAUCUCUUGACAAAGAAGAAUAAAAAGAAGGCGCUUGAGCUUCGUUUUGGUUAAUGAACCUGUUGUGUUAACUGUUUACUCAAAUUACCGCAGGUAUCUAUGGACAAACUUUGAUAUUACAGUUUCAAAAGGUAUUUUAUUUCAUGUUGGAAUCUUUUGUGUAAUUUUAGAAGCUUUAGGAGGUAAUGUAAAAACCAGGUUCAAGAUUCUGGUCUUAUGUGAAUUCUUUUGUACAUGGGGAAAACAAAAAUUACAGGGAUCCUUUUUGUUCUUGUUAUAAUAUACUAUUAGAUUUGUGGAUUAA